GCCCCACUGUAAAUUGCGGUGUUGGAAAAGUGAUUUCUAGAUUGUUAUUUUAAUAUUUGUGGGUUCAAUGACGAAAUGUCAAAAAGAAAUAUAGCUUAUGUAAAGCCUGAAGAACCUAGUUUUUUAAAAAAACUUAAAGAACAAGCCGGUUACGUAGAAGGACCGACGAUCGAAACAAAACGUGAGGAAUUGGGACUUGUUCGGGACGAGGAUUUCGAAGACAACCACGAAGAAUUACCAACUGUUGUUGUUUUAAAAGAAGGCGACUUAACAGCUGAAGAAGCUGCACGUGAAAAAGUUAGGCUUGAGAAAGGUAAGGGACACUUCAUUACCUUAAACCCGGAAACUUGGUAA